AUGGAAACGCGGCUGAGAGGACGAACGUUAUCGGUCGAAGAGCGUCCUACCGUCGUUACAAAGAAGCCGUUGGGUGAGAAGAAACUCGCGACCAUCGCCGAGGAACCGGCAUCGGCAGGAGUGCCAGCGCGGACCAUGGCGACGGGAGGAGGUAAAUCGGCGGGAGCAGCGACGAAGCCGGCAUCUUCCACCGGGGUUUCCACCGGGGAAGUGCGCCGGAUGCUGGCGGAUGCGAAGGCGGAUAACGAAAUGACGAUCGGUAUUGUCAAACGACUGGAGGAACAGAUUCAGAUGCUGCGCCUUCAAAUUGAGGCCUCCAACGAACAACUGAAGGAGGCGCGACAGGAGGCGAAGGAGGCGCGAGAAGAGGCUCGGGCGCGCGAGGCGGAAUACCGUGAAGAGGCUCGGGCACGCGAGGCGGAACACCGUGAAGAGCUCCGGAAGGAGAAGGAGCUCUUUAACGCUCUUUUGGCGCAAACCCUGGGGGGAACAGGCGCAGCUCGGCCAGAGAGCCAGCAGGAGCUGCAGCGUGAGCAGGAGCUGAUGCGGAGGCUGGAAAGCCAGCAACGGCAGGAACAGCGGCAGCAGCUGGAGGAACAGCAGCGCCAACGGUGGCGUAAGCAGCAGCCGCAGCAACAACAACAGCAGCGGCCAGCUGUGCAGGAGUGGCCGACGGUCCAGCAGAGCGGGCAUGUCCAGCGUCGGAGCGUGGUGAAAUCGACACCCCCGGCGGUGCUAGAAGAGCCGGGAGAGUGGGUGGAGGUCGUUCGCGGCAACUGCCGUAAUAACAAGCGGAAUGGAGCGAAUCUGCCCCGGCAGCCAGCCCGGCAGCCAGCCCAGCAGCAGCCAGCACACCGGCAGUAUCAGCAGUGGGCGUACCAGCGAGGGGGUCAGCAGCAGCAGCGGUUGGAGAUACACCAGCAAGAGAAGCGGCGUCCGCGACGGAAGCGUCCGGACGAGAUCAUCGUGGUGCCCGCCCCGGGAGUAUCGUAUAAAGACAUGUAUGUAAAGCUCCGGAGCAGCCCGCGGAUUGCAGACUUCCAGCGGCAAAUAGGUGUCGGCAGAAGAACGCCGAAGGACCACCUCCUGCUGCCUUUGUCCCGUGAUGUAGACAGCGCGGCACUAAGAGAUAUCAUUGAGGAGGUGAUCGGAGAUAGCGGAUCCGUCACAGUCAAGACGGAAAUGGCUGAGGUCGUCAUGACGGGCAUCGAUAAUAUGAUUGAUGAGGAGGCAAUCAAGAAGGCGCUCAGGACCUCGCUAGGUAAGCAGUCAUUGGUGGCCAACGUCAAUCUCUGGGAGCGCCGAGAUAUGACAAAGCGGGCUCGAGUGCGCCUUCCGCGAGCAGAGGCUGAGCUCGUCAAAGAUCGCCGCCUGGAGCUGGGUUAUACAUAUUGUGUGGUGCACGAGGCCCCCAAAGUAUCGGGUCAUCUGACUCGGUGCUUCCGGUGUUUGGAGCGGGGACAUAUCGCCGCUACGUGCACGGGAGAGGACCGGUCAAAGCGCUGCUUGCGGUGCGGUGACCACACACACAAGGCGUCGGUUUGCACUAACGUCAUCAAGUGCAUGUUGUGUGGCGGCGCCCACCGUAUUGGUGCCGCAGCCUGUGGUGGACAACCCUCGGAUUAA